CCCGCAGCUUCGGGCUUGUUUUGGCGGUGACGCGGCGGAGCAGCGAGCCAGCCGGCCAGCCGAGCGCCAAAUGAGUCAGCAGCAGCGGGAGCAGCAGCGCCUAGACUCUCGAUUCAUCUCCUUUAUUUAAUACUAAUGUGGCAAUAAAACAGUUCCUAUUGCACUUUUUACGCCUCGGCUGACCAAUUAUCAGCGGAAGAAGAAGAAAAACAACAAACAAACAAACAUGGCGGUCCCCGCAGCUCAGAACCAACAGCUAAACGCGGCGAGACGAAGCAGCUCAGUGAGCUCCACUGACAACAUUCACAUCGACGAGAGGGAGCUGGAGAACCUCACGAACAACGCAGAGGACGCGACCUCACUCCCGCUCCAUUCCCCCUGGACCUUCUGGCUCGAUAGGUCUUUACCAGGGACAACAGCAGCAGAGUGUGAAUCAAACCUGAAAAAGAUCUACACAGUACAUACGGUUCAGAGCUUCUGGAGUGUCUACAACAACAUCCCUCCAGUGUCCUGCCUCCCACUGAGGUGUAGCUACCACUUAAUGCGAGGAGAAAGAAGACCACUAUGGGAAGAGGAAAGUAAUGCAAAGGGAGGUGUGUGGAAGAUGAAAGUACCAAAGGAGAGCACAUUAGCUGUAUGGAAAGAGUUACUGCUGGCUACUAUUGGUGAACAGUUUGCAGACUAUUGUGCAUCAGAGGACGAAGUUGUCGGCGUGAGCGUCAGCGUGCGAGACCGAGAGGACGUGGUUCAGGUUUGGAACGGAAACGCGUUGUUUGCUAACGAGGCGAACAUUUUAGGAAGAAUCUACGAGCUUCUUCCCCAGAUAUCUUUUAAAGCAGUAUUUUAUAAACCGCACGAGGAGCACCAUGCAUUUGAAGGUGGCCGUCCAAGACAUUAGCAGACUUUGCACAUUCAGUGUCUUUCCUUUCCACACAUCUUUUCAACCGUCUGUAGAAAAUGGACUGGAGAAGAAGAAAAAAAAGGUCUCACACCUGAUCAGAAGUGUUUAACUGCUUUAUCUAGCAGAACAUGAAUUAGAUAACGUUACAGAUCAGUUGUAAUUUUAGGUAUUUUUUAACUUAGGCUUUGGAAAAUCCCUGUGGCUAAAAAUCUAAAACGUGGUCCUGGCGAAUAACUUUCUCACGAUGAUAUUCGGCAAUAUCUAUAGAGGUCACAUGAAAGUGGAGUAUGGAGUAUAUCCCUCUAAGUAAAAUGUUACCCAGAGACAUCACUGCUGCUUUCCCCUGUGUUAGCCGUGCGUUAGAAACUUGACGUUUCCUCAAAAACAAAAUUCUUCUAGGUUAGACCUGAGCGCUUAUAUUUUUUUAUGCGAACAUGUUGCACAUUUUUGGAGAUUUAUUAUUUUUUUCUGGCUGCAGUCCGAGGUAUAAUCCAGUUACUCUUUUUUUUUCGUUCUCGCUUUCCUUUUUCUGUGCAUUAGAUUUCAGAUGAAAUUCACGUCUUUUUGUAUUUACGUCAUUCUCGUCCUCGUCAGUAGUCCCGCGUUCGGGCGUUUUGGUGUGUAAUGCAUUUAGAAAUAUAUCCUAGUUCGACAUAACUAAUCUAGAAAGGCCUAGGACAGAAUUUGUAGUAAUUUAUGCACUUAUUUAACAGCGUCUCUCUUUAGCCAUACUGUAUGAACGGGGACUUUUGGAGUUUUGUUUAAUGCUGUAUAAUGUAUGAAAAUGGCAAGACUUCAUAUACUGUUCAAUAAUGAGAAAUACCUGUGUAAACGUUGAAGCGGAUUGAACGGAUGUUUCGAUUUUCUGCACCAAAGAGUUUUUUUUUCUCCCCCUCCCUCUCUGAAAGCACCACACCUCAUGUCCGACGUGGUUUGUUUAGAAAUACACGAUGGCUGCCAUCUUGCCAUAAGUGUAGUAAAGUGUAAUCAGUGUUUACUGGUCUUUUCAGUCAUCUAUCCAGUUUUAGAUCGUUUUUGAUUUUUAGUGUGACUAAUGUGUUUUGUUUUGUUUAUGUCAAUUUGUCAAAUCCCAAAAAAAACCCAACUAACUACGAGAAGACCUGGGACAAAAUUCCGACUUGGGUCACUAAUGUGAAAAUGCACUGGAAGCACAAUUGUGGGUUUCUGUCCUUCUAACGGGCGUGUACGUGGAAGCGGAUAUGCGCAUGCAGCUGACUUUUCAUAUGUACUAUAAAUCUUUUUAUGAAACACAAGUACAGAAAUGCAUAUGUUUAUUUUUCUGAGCAUUCUAGCCGGUAAAUUCAGGGGCCCCAGUCAGGAUGCGAGACCUCAAACGGAUUGUUUAAUCGUCUGGAAUGGUGCCUUGUGUUCUCCCAGGGUUUCACUCAUAGAAUAUUGUUUUAUCUUUAUGUAUUUAAUCAGAUAUGAUGUAAAUUGAUUUUUUUUUUUUUUUUUUUGCUUAUAGGUUUUGAGAUAUUGAAUAAAGAAAGCAUUUUUGAAAAACA